GCCGACAGGAUUGGGGGGCUUCCUGGGGUUGUGCCCCCCACUUCCCUGCUGUCUUUGGGGCUCCAAAGUCCCCCCCUUUUUGGUUUGGAUUAUUCGCCUCCCUUCUCCGGCUGCUCUUCGCCUCGCCCGGGUUCCUCCUGGGACGCUUACCUCACCUCGACAACGACCUCAGGACUGUAGUUUGGAGAACCACGCAGCCACCAUGCCAGACUCGCCGGCCGAUGUGAAGACGCCGACGCGGUCCACACCACCCAAUAUGCCCCCGCCUUCACCGGCGGCCUCACAAGGAGCCACGCGGCACCCCACCUUUACGCCAAACCCCAAUCGAGAUGCUGGGCUGCCGAUGUUUCUGCCCCGCGGCCGUUUUCAUGGUUGCUUGAAAUGGUCCAUGGUGUGUCUCUUAAUGAAUGGGAGCAGCCACUCUCCGACGGCCAUCAAUGGGGCGCCUUCCACCCCCAACGGCUUCAGCAACGGACCCGCCACAUCCUCCACCGCUUCCCUUUCCAACCAUCAACUCCCUCCAGCUUGCGGCGCCCGGCAGCUCAGCAAACUCAAGCGCUUCCUCACCACACUGCAGCAAUUCGGCAAUGACAUCUCUCCAGAAAUCGGGGAACGUGUCCGCACCCUGGUCCUCGGCCUUGUGAAUUCCACACUGACCAUUGAGGAAUUCCACUCCAAACUCCAAGAAGCCACCAAUUUCCCCUUGCGCCCCUUCGUCAUCCCGUUCUUGAAGGCCAACCUGCCCUUGUUGCAGCGUGAGCUCCUCCAUUGCGCUCGAAUGGCCAAGCAGACGCCCGCCCAGUACUUGGCUCAGCAUGAGCAACUCCUCCUGGAUGCCAACGCCUCCUCCCCCAUCGACUCCUCCGAAUUGCUGCUGGAGGUCAACGAAGGGGGCAAAAGGAGGACACCAGACAGGACCAAAGAGAACGGCUUGGAGCGGGACCCCCUGCACCCGGAGCCCCUCAGCAAGCGGCCCUGCACCAUGAGCCCCGCCCAACGCUACAGCCCCAGCAAUGGCCUGGGCCCCCAGCCCAACGGGAUCCCCCACCCUACCCCGCCCCCUCCCCAGCAUUACCGCCUGGAGGACAUGGCCAUCGCCCACCACUACCGUGAUGCCUACCGGCACCCGGACCCCCGGGAGAUGCGGGAGCGCCACCGCCAAGUGGCUGUGCACAGCACCCGGCAAGAAGAAGUCAUUGACCACCGGCUAACGGACAGGGAGUGGGCCGAGGAGUGGAAGCACCUGAACAAUCUGCUGAACUGCAUCAUGGACAUGGUGGAGAAGACCCGCCGCUCACUGACAGUGCUGCGCCGUUGCCAGGAGGCGGACCGGGAGGAGCUCAACCAUUGGAUCCGCCGUUACAGUGAUGCUGAAGACAUGAAGAAGGGGGGCAGCCCUGCCAGCCGCUCCCACAACAAUACGGCCAACACAGAGGCCCCUCCCAUAGAAGCUCAUCGCGAAUUUGUAUCCAGGCCCUUGUCUGGCUACAUGCCUGAGGAAAUCUGGCGGAAAGCUGAAGAAGCCGUGAAUGAAGUGAAGCGCCAGGCCAUGUCCGAGCUCCAGAAGGCUGUCUCCGACGCUGAGCGGAAGGCCCACGAACUGAUCACAACAGAGCGGGCCAAGAUGGAGCGAGCUUUGGCCGAAGCCAAGCGUCAGGCCUCAGAGGACGCCUUGACCGUCAUCAACCAGCAGGAGGACUCCAGUGAGAGCUGUUGGAACUGCGGGCGCAAGGCCAGCGAGACCUGCAGUGGAUGCAACACCGCCCGCUACUGUGGAUCUUUCUGCCAGCACAAAGAUUGGGAGAAACAUCACCAUGUCUGUGGGCAGACGCUCCAAGGACUCCAGGCGAGUGGGACUCCUGUAGCGGCCACGGCACAACCGGACAUGGCAGCCACAGGGGCUAAUGUCAUCAGCACAGUGGCCGGAAGCCCUGGUGAUUCCAGCUCGGCCGCUGCAUCACGUUCCGGCACUCCGGCCACUCCGGUCCCUCUGGACACAGCUUCUCGCUAAGACGGGGAAAGGAAGCCGGAAAACUGACCAAGAACAGUCGCUGCUGCUGCUACCAGUUGUCUCCAAAUGACAAAACAAAUACAAAUGAAAGACACAAAACUGCAUUCAAUGCAAACCCUCAGCUACCUGACACGUAUUUGACCUCCGAAACGACCUCUAUCUCUCACACGAAAUCCUCAUGACUUCUCAAACCUGGGCUUUAAAGCGGAGCGACGGCAAAGACCCACCUGCUCCGUUCACUCAUUUUUAUUUUUCCAAAAUAAGUACCUUUGCAGAUGACGUUGGUGUUGGUGUAGACGAUAUGAUUGGGAGAGUUUAUAAUUUGGUUUAGAUUAUUAUUAUUUUGGAUGAGGAAUUUGUCUGCAGGUAUUACGCCACGCAUCUGGAUUCAGGGGACGGGGAAGGAGGCCACAUAAAUCAAAUGGGUGACUUCCCUCCGUCCACCUUUCUGCCGGAAAUGUGUCCGAGACAAAGAAAAGGGGAAAGAAACAAACACUUACCCUGAAAGGAGAAAAAAAGAAGAAGGCAGGGGAUUUUUUUAAAAAGCAAACCAUUUCAGUUACAAAAACAAGAUUUUUUUUUCUUUUUUGUAAAAAAAUAAUAAAAAUAAACCAUAAAAACAUCAAACUCUUUGGCUUUAAAAGAAAAACAAAAUCCAAAAAGAGAACCCGACGAAACCAAGUGAAGGAAGCUUACCUGUAAACUACCUUGCUAGUUAGCCAAGAAGAUACCAGAUUCACCUCUGUUCCAAAGGAAAUCCAAAAAAAUAAUAAUAACCAGAAUAGAAAAUAUCCAAACUUU